AUGAUGAUCCCUCCGUCAAUGGUCAAUCAGCGCUUUCCGAUCGGAAAAGAUGAUCUCGGUUUCCCUCUUUUCUCGCCGCGUAUGGCUAACCUUUGUGCCCUGCCACGAAUCUCACUCUCUCUGUCCAUAUCUCUCUGUUUCUCUUCCACCAAGAGAUUUCCGGUCGCGAUUAUUUUCUUCUGCUACACCGUCGACGGUCUGAGCAAGGCGUCGCUUCUUCUGCGGUUGUGGAUCUCACUGGACGCCGAUCCGAGAAGCUAA